AGUGGGAUAGGUGGUGGUGGCAUUGGGCAUCUCAACCAAGAGCAAGGUAAAGACACUGAGGUGAUGGAGGAGGUCAAUGAGGGAGGGACAGCCUGGGGACCCACCAUGGGAUUUGAACAUAAAUGGUUUAAAACGUUAAUGUGAACUGAGUGGACUGAUGCCUCCCCUGCUGGGACAUGUCCUUACAGAAACUCAUGGAGCCAGAAGCUGGGACCAACAGGACGGCUGUUGCUGAGUUCAUUCUGCUGGGCCUCGUGCAAACAGAACAGGUGCAGUCUGUGGUCUUUGUGCUCUUCCUCUUUGCCUACCUGGUCACAAUUGGGGGCAACCUCAGCAUCCUGGCAGCCGUCUUGGUGGAGCCCAAACUCCACACGCCCAUGUACUUCUUCCUGGGGAACCUAUCAGCACUGGAUGUUGGAUGCAUCACUGUCACUGUUCCCUCAAUGUUGGGCCGUCUCUUGUCCCACAAGCGUACAAUUUCCUAUGACGCCUGCCUCUCCCAGCUCUUCUUCUUCCACCUUCUGGCGGGGACGGACUGCUUCCUGCUGACCGCCAUGGCCUAUGACCGAUUCCUGGCCAUCUGCCGGCCCCUCACCUACAGCACCCGCAUGAGUCAGACAGUCCAGAGGAUGUUGGUGGCUGUGUCCUGGGUUUGUGCUUUCAGCAAUGCACUGACCCACACUGUGGCCAUGUCCACGCUCAACUUCUGUGGCCCCAAUGUGAUCCAUCACUUCUACUGUGACCUGCCGCAGCUCUUCCAGCUCUCCUGCUCCAGCACCCAACUCAAUGAGCUGCUGCUUUUUGCUGUGGGUUUUCUAAUGGCGGGUACCCCCAUGGCUCUCAUUGUCAUCUCCUAUAUCCAUGUGGCAGCUGCGGUCCUGCGAAUUCGCUCUGCAGAGGGCAGGAAAAAAGCCUUCUCCACGUGUGGCUCCCACCUCACUGUGGUUGCCAUAUUCUAUGGUUCAGGUAUCUUUAACUACAUGCGACUAGGUUCAACCAAGCUUUCAGACAAGGACAAAGCUGUUGGGAUUUUCAACACUGUCAUCAACCCCAUGCUGAACCCAAUCAUCUACAGCCUCAGAAACCCUGACGUGCAGAGUGCCCUCUGGAGGAUGCUCGUGGGAAGGCGGGCACUGGCUUGAGGAGGGCACUGGCUUGACUCUUUCUGCCUGUGUCUUUUUGUGCUAAAGGAAUAAUCUUCUAGAGCCAGAAACCAGGAAAAACAUGGUUCAGACCUGUUUCUAUCUCCCUGGGCAUAAGAAGGACUUUUUGUAGGGAAGAAUAGCUAUCAUUUCUUAAAGCAGCCCUGCCCAGUUAUAGGCAGUGGGUGUAGAGGUUCUGCCAAGCCAGCCCCUUAG